CUGCAAACUGUGCACCGAUGGCUCUGGAACCGUUUGCGUGUUUUAUGGACGUGGAACAUUCCCGUUCGUACAUCGACGAGCUCUAUUCGGAGGACAACUACAAGUGCCAGGAGGCGAUCGUGUGCUUGAAGAAUGCGGUCAUCGGGUCGAACAAGAAGAAAGGCUCCGUUAUUUCACAGGCAUCGUGCCCUUUGAUCUCCCUCCUCCGGGACGACACGAAGGAUCCGAACCUGCGCCUGGAUGCAGCCAUCGUCAUCGGAUCGCUUGCCAAAGGAACAGAAUCUCAGGUGCACUCGUUGAUCUACUGCGAGACGGUACAGGUGCUGCUGGGAAUUGUGCUCAGUCCGGGUACCGACAGACGCCUCAUGGAAACCUGCCUCGGAGCACUAAAAACCAUUCUGCAGUAUCCGUUUGCACCUAUUGAACUAUUGCACUGUAACAUAGGCAAUCUGGUGCGAUUGAUACAGCUGGCUUCGCCGGGUAGCUCCAUCCAGUGUCAGGUGUACGUGGCCAACAUCUUCGUUCCCCUUUGCCACUCAUCCCACCAGCAGAAGAAUCUCUGUCAGGCCAACGUAAUUCCGUUCCUCGUUAGACUGAUGAUCAGUCAUCUCACGAUCCUACAAGUACCUGCUCUCAAGUGUCUCGCUGCUAUGUGUUUCACCAACAAGUACGUAUCGGACAACGUAUGUAUGACCUGUCACGAGGAACGAUCUAUUCUGGAUAUUCUCACCGAGCUUCUCUCGCGAACCCGUGACGUCCAGAUUCAACUCUCAGCAAGUCGCUGUCUAACUUAUCUACACCGAUCCGGAUCGCUGCGGGCAGAUGACUACAGGAUCGUGUACAAAACCCUUCCCAGUUUAGCAAGGCUCUGUUCGGAGGACUUCGAUGAGGAGACCCGUGCAACGGCCGCCGAAACUCUGGCUUAUUUGGCCGAAAUUGAUUCCGAAUUGCAGCGGCUAGCCGCUAUCAGCAAUCAUUUGAUCUGCUCGUUGGCUAACUUGAUCCGGUGUCCUUCACCGCUGUCACGACAGGGAGCAUUCCGAUGCUUCGCCUCGCUGGCUGCCAACGAUGAGGACAUCCGCAAACGGAUUAUAGAAAUGGACGGGCUCAUGGAGGAAGUGCUAAAUGGAUUGAAAGACACGUGUCCGGAGGUACGACUGUCUGCCGUCCGAUGUCUGCAUUCGCUGUCGAGGUCAGUUCAACUGCUAAGAACAACGUUCCAGGAUCACUCAGUGUGGCGCCCGUUGAUGGAUCUGUUGGUAGGUGAACCAUCUCUAGAGCUUCUCACCGUGGUUACAUCGACGAUAUGCAAUCUGCUACUGGAGUUUUCCCCUGCCAAAGAACCAAUGCUCGAUUCCGGAGCAGUGGAAAUGUUGUGUGAGUUGACGAAGCACAGCGAUCCAGCGUUACGACUGAACGGGAGUUGGGCGUUGAUGAACAUGGCUUUCCAGGUAUAUUAUGGAAAUGUGUAUUUCCUAAUACAAAACAUUCAUUAUUUUUAUCUAUCACUUUGAGCUGAACAAAAAGUUAAAUCCAAAAUCAUCGACACGCUGGGAACGGAUCGAAUAUUCCAGUUGCUAAGCGAUUCGGACGAACGGGUCAUCAUGAAAACCCUGGGACUUCUAAGGAAUCUCCUUAGCAAUACGUUGCACAUUGAGAUUAUAAUGUCGGAGCAUUCGUCGGAAGUGCUGCGAGCGGUGAAUUUGGUUCUGGAUGGUCCUCAUCCGGCGGAAGUGAAGGAACAGGCUUUAAUUAUUAUAAGCAACAUUACGGCUGGUGCGCGUGAUAAGGACUACGUAAUGGAAGAUGAAAACAUCAUCAAAAAGAUUAGAGAGUUUUUGGUCGUAUCCGACAACAAGCUCCAAAUGGGUGCCGUAUUUGUGGUGAGAAACCUGAUGGAGAAAGGCGGCCGACAGAAGAUGCUUCGUGAGUCGGGCAUCCUUGAGAACCUAGAGCAGUUACUACACAUGACACCCCGAGAAUCGCAGUUCUACGAAGACAUACGGCAGGAGAUUCUAAGGUUCGACUUCUCGGACGACCACUGAAAGAUCACAGCCCUGGCGAUCGCAAAUGGGGGCACAGAUGGGCCCUAUACCUGCCUACCUGGUGGAGUCUGUUUGGGAGCAGUGAUUAUUUCGGUGGGAAUUAUUCCUAUGCUCCCCCCUUCCCUAUAAAGUGUUUUAUGAUUGUUGACCAACAGUUACGAAUUGUUUUGUUUAUGCUUGUGUGUGUGCAUGUGCGUGUUUGUUGUGUGUAGGUGCGCUGGUGAGUGUGUGACAAGUGCGAAAGGUGAUAUCGUAUAAUUUUGACCAUUUUGUUGCUGCACUACACCGCGUACGUUUACAUUUUUAUAAAUCCGUAUGACAAUUGUUUAGUUUUCCUAAUUUUGCUUGCUAAUUCUACCUCUUUUACAAACUCGUGGUAAUUAUAUAAGAAGAGAAGUAGUAGACGUGGUUGACUUCAUUCGACCAUUGAGUGCGUUCUGAGUGAACAUAAUUUACAGUAACAAGGAAGGAACAAUAGUGAGUUUGGAUUCCUAUAAGUGGCUCAAUAAACCAUGCAUCUAAA